AUGUCGAAACCUGCAAAACAACAACUACGAAAGCUGAUAGCCCAGAGGGUCGCUGAUGUUAGCAAAGACAGCAUCCAGAAACAGUCUCUCGCCACAACAGCGGCUCUCAGAACGCUCAACGAGUACAAAUCGGCCCAGAACAUUGCCUUCUACAUGAACAUGGACAGUGGAGAACUGGAGACCAUGGAUAUGAUCCGAAACGCGUUUGAGGACAAAAAACGGGUGUUUCUGCCACGCAUUGAGAAACUAGCCGACACAGCCGACAAGAUCCAUCCGUGCCAAAAAUCCGAGCUCAGAAUGCUCGAAAUUGUCGAUUUCAAAGACGUCCAGAACUUGCAGCCAAGAGGACCAUAUAAACUGAAGGAACCGACCAAGGAUGCCAAGGAUGUUCUUGAGUCAGGUGGACUGGGGCUCAUUGUGCUUCCAGGGGUAGCCAUGACCCCUCAAUGUGCCAGAUUGGGCCACGGGGUGGGCUUCUAUGAUGCAUACAUUCAUAAGCACGAGAAGCUGCUGGGAGUGCCUAAGUUGGUAGGUGUUUGUCUGAGAGAGCAACUAGUGGACGAAUUGCCACUAGAAGAACAUGACCGGCUGCUGGAUGUCGUUGUUUCAGGGGCCAGCGUGUAUAGAAAGGUUGAAUAG